AUGGCACCUUCCGCAACCGAGACCAUCACUUUGGAGCACAGUCCGGUGAAGCUGAUUAGUAAUGUUGGACCAUACAAGGAGCUUGCACCCAUCGGGUACGAGAAAGAUAUCGAAGAGCAAGGAAAGGAUAGGAUGGGUUCUCAGCCGCCAAGGCUAGUCUCCAAGGCAACUUAUAAGAACUAUCUUCCUAGAUGGGACAUCAACGAGACGUACCCAACCCUGGAGCUAUUCGAACACAGGGAUCACGGACUAGAUGCGGAAUUGACAUACCCAGAUCUCUGGCAGACGGGUGUCACAACUAACCAUCUUACACCAACAAUAGGAACAGAAGUCUCUGGCAUCCAGCUCACCGAGAGAAAAUUUGUUGCAUUCAGAGACCAGGACUUCGCGGAUCUGCCUAUCGACGAAGCUCUCGACUAUGUCUGUUAUUUCGGCAAACUUCACAUCCAUCCAACUUCGGGGGCUCCUGCAGGUUAUCCUGAGGUUCACCUCGUACACAGAGGUGCAGGCGACAAGACCCAUGAACAGUUUUUCCAAACCAGAACUGGUUCCGUGGCAUGGCACAGCGAUGUCCCGUAUGAGAAACAACCACUCGGAACCACAUUUUUAUAUAUCCUGGAUGUCCCCGAAUCUGGCGGGGAUACGCUCUUUUCCAACCAAGUCGAGGCAUAUAAUAGAUUAAGCGACGGUUUCAAAGAGAGGCUCCAUGGCCUGAAGGCAACACACUCUGGUGUCGAGCAAGUCAAUGCAUCGAGAGGAAAUAAUGGCGCCGCUCGAAGGGAACCUGUUGUUAGCGAGCAUCCAAUCGUGCGAACAAACCCUGUCACAGGAGAGAAGGCCCUCUAUGUAAAUCCUCAAUUUACUAGAUCAAUCGUUGGGUACAAGCAAGAGGAGAGUGAUGUUUUAGUUACCUCCCAUUCGGCGCUUGUUGACUGGAAGACUGGGCAGAGAAGGCAUCUCGCUAGAAUCGCACCACAGGCGGAGCCUCUGAAAGAGACUCCUUUCAAGGCUUGA